UCAGCAUAAGAUAAAUGAUAUAAUGUAGUCUAAAUAAUAUAACAAUAAUUCAGUACACCAUAAUACAAUGUGAUAGGAUACAAAACAAUGCCAUAUCGAUCCUAUCUUAUCGUAUAAUAAAAUAUAAUGUGCACUACCAAGGACUGUGCAGAAAUUUCUCUGUGACCCACGAGGGUGGCCCUCAAGCAGGGGACAGCCAUGACCCCCAAGGAGUACCCAGGCUCUGCCCCAACAACCCAAACCCAAACACUAGCAGCAUUACGGUAGCGGAGAGGCGGGACGCGGUGGCCCACUGGCUUCUGGGAAGUGUAGUUUUCCCGUCUCCUGUCACUCUCAGCUCCCAGGAGGAAGUGAGCAGCCCGCUCUUCCGAGUGUCCCGUCCCGGGAGCCCGUGAUCUCCCGACAGUGAAAGAAUGAGAAUGAGCCCUCUGUGUAGUUUCACCCGUCGCCUCCCGCACCCCCGGGGCUCCCACACAGCAGUGAGCACCUUCAUACCACCGUGUCCUCCCCUGGACCCGGAGAAAGUCAAGGAGCUGCAGCGCUUCAUCUUGCUUUCCAAAAGGCUCCUGGUAAUGACGGGAGCUGGAGUCUCCACCGAGUCAGGCAUCCCCGACUACAGGUCCGAAAAAGUGGGGCUCUAUGCCCGGACAGACCGGCGCCCCAUCCAACACGUGGACUUUGUCCGAAGUGCUAAAAUCCGCCAGCGCUACUGGGCCAGAAAUUUCGUCGGGUGGCCUCAGUUCUCGUCUCAUCAGCCUAACGCGGCACAUCUGACUCUGAGCAGCUGGGAGAGACUCGGGAAGCUCUACUGGCUUGUGACCCAAAAUGUGGAUGCUCUGCACACCAAGGCGGGGAGUCGGCGCCUGACGGAGCUCCAUGGCUGCAUGCACAGGGUUCUUUGUUUGCAUUGUGGAGUGCAGACUCCCCGGCAGGCCCUGCAGGACCGAUUUGAAGCCCUGAACGCCACUUGGGAAGCCAAGGCCCACGGCGUGGCCCCCGACGGCGACGUCUUCCUGACCGAAGACCAGGUACGAAGCUUCCAAGUUCCAUCCUGCGCCAAGUGUGGUGGUCCUCUGAAACCGGAUGUUGUUUUCUUUGGGGACACGGUGAAUCAUGAUAAGGUGGACUUCGUGCACAUGCGUGUGAAGGAAGCCGACGCUAUUCUGGUGGUAGGAUCUUCCUUGCAGGUGUACUCUGGCUACAAGUUCAUUCUCGCAGCCCAUGAGGAGAAACUCCCCAUUGCAAUACUGAACAUCGGGCCCACGAGGUCAGACCAGUUCGCCUGCCUGAAGCUGGAUUUCCGAUGCGCAGAGCUCCUGCCUUUAAUCACCCCUCAGUGAUUGGGGCUCAAGGCUCCUAAAACCAAAGGAGGACUUUGCUGGACCUGAGCUGCUAAAGAAUACUUACAAGAUAUUCUUCCCACCCUACUCUUACUGUCCAGACCUACCUCAAAAUGGCAGAUGCUGUUUCUCAGCCAGUAGAGGGCACACAUGACCAGAGUCAUCCAUUCCAGCAUCUGGCUUCCCACCCCGGGGCUCGUGUCCAAUUGUAUGGCCGUGUUUCCUGCCAGUGACUUGGAAAUUGCACAUUGUUUGGAGAACGGGCACCAGAGAAACAUCUCUGUUCCAGCAGCAACUUUAUUUAAGGUGGACAACGCUGGUUUCAAGCAGCACCUCCUUCUCAGAGCUGACCUGCUCAUUCUGGGUUGGUGACGGUCCUAGUACAGAAGCCAGAGAGAGCCCCAAAUCCAUGGGGAUUUGGGAGUGUUCUUGCUGCCCUUUGAGGAAAGGGGAGGAUGAAACACUAAUUUAGUUUUAUUAAAGUUAUUUUUAACAGUCCUAUUUCUAUCAAUUAAUAAACAUUUUUAAAAUA